AUGGAUGUCAAGCGAGAUGAGCUGUUACGACUCGUGGUCCGGUUAAGCAACGCUUGCAAGCUAGACAACAACGUUCUUAAAGACACUGAGCUCGUAGACGCUUUGGAAAUGCAUGGCUGUGAAAUUGUGCGACUUCGAAAGCAGAGAAAAGAGGCGAUGAGUUCUUAUAAGAAGUCUGACAUGUCUUUGUUGUCUGGAACUAAUAAGAAGAAGCUGAAUCAACAGGGUAUGACUGAAGGAAAGAAAUCUGUCGAUGGCAUCGUUAAGCGUCGGAAACUCUUGGUCAGUGCUGAAAAUAACAGCAAAGAUCUCAACGUAUCUCGCUUGUUUCCGUCCAUCCAGCGCCAAGAAAAUCUUGCAAAAGGAUCAAUGACCUCAUUUGUGCAUGGCAGCAAGAUUACAGAUAAAUGUCACAAUCCCACGACGAAUUCCACGACGGUGGCAAUGGCAGUUGAAGCGAAUGACAAGACAAUGAAGAACACACCUAAGUCAUACCAGGACAAUAACGUGCUUCGUUUGAAGUCUCCUCCACUUGAGAUUUCGCGUGAUAGACGAGCUGCCUCACCUUACAAGCCGAUGACUCGUGCGUCCUCGCCAGACACGGUAGAUUUUUCGGCCUCCUCAACAUCAACCAUGACCUCGUUUUGCGACGAUUUGUUCGAUGAAUCCUCGGUCUCUUCCGAGGCUAUGCGUCGAUGCAAUCGCUUAGCAUUAGACCAAACCAUGUCGUAUGAGUCCAUGGAUUGGGCGCCAUCAGACGAUGAAAGUAGCGACAAGUCUGUACCUUUCCGGAGUAUUGCAAACGAUGUCGCGCCGCAUUCUACUGUCUCAAAAUGUGUGGUUCGUGCCAGGGUUAAUCAAUCGAGUCUUGAUGUCACAGAGUUGCACUCAGAAAGCGGUGCUGAAGAAUAUUAUUCAGCAGAAGAGGGAGAGCACACAACUGAAUCGUCAACUCAGAGGGGUGAAUUGCAGCAGACGGACAAUAAUUUUGGAGUAAUCAAUUUGACAGAGGCUGUCAUGGAAGUGUUAUACGGUAUCAUGGAACAUAAUGAGAGCUUUAAGUGGUUGAUUGAUCCUGGAAAUCAGGCCCGUGUGGCUAAGCUAGUGGAAUAUCACUUGAAAAAAAAAUAUAAUAGUGACGCAUCGGCGCAGGCCUCUAUAGAGCACGUGAUCGAUAAGCUCCGCAUUCAAGCAAACGAUUCAGUUCAUGAAAACACGACAGUCGAGGUAGAAAAUGCCCGAAUUAUUGGGUCUGCAGCUUCAGAUGGAAAUGAAAAUGUGAAUUUUGCUCUAAGCGAAGAGACAGCCAGUGCACAGAAAGGGAUUCCACUUGAGGUUGAACCAACGUGUCAGAGUGAAUUAAAAGGGAAGACAAAGCUGAUACCGUCCCAGUUUGGUCAAAGGGUGAUCCAUAUAACCAAACCAGUGAGAAGUGACUGCGAACCCAGUACGGUUGUCGCUAGACUGAAAAACGCAAUGAUGGAGAAGGAUCGCGAGAUCUGCCGACUUAACUUUCAGCUGUCGACAAAACAAAAACUUAUUGAAGAAGUUGCCAAGAAGGUAGCGCAACAACUGGAAAGUAUUUCACCAUGUGAGACGAAUGCCAAUCUUCACCUUGACAUGGACAUGAAUUUGUUCAAAAGUGUCGCGGAAAAGCAAGAGACCAUUCAUGAACUUGAGGCCGCUCUGUCAUCAAUGGAGCGUGAGGUGGCUGGAUUGGAGGCUCGAGUGGCAAAGAAGUCGCGCGAAACGUUGUUGCUUAAAACAAAAUUAAAGCCAAUGUCGUCGCGUCUAACUGACGCGAAUGUGAAUUUGUCUCGCAUUCAAACGGAAAAUGACCGUUUAGUGAUGGCUCUGAAGGAAAAGCAAGGCAAAGUGCGCGAUCUUAUUGAGUUUUUAGAAGGUAAGGAGAAGCAAGUGAUGCACCUAGAGAAGCAAUUGAGCUUACGUGACAUGCAAUUGGAGCAAGCAUUGACGGAGCUUGAGAAAAUGCAGCGUUAA